CGGCAGGUGGCAAGUAUGCGUGCUUGUGUUUGAACGCGCACAUCAGCUACUAGGUCUGUUGAAACGUCAAAUAAUCUACUGGCUGACGGUCUACCAAACGAUAUAACACGAUUAUAACACAGCAUAAUAUUAUAUUAUGAGACAUUUUUUUUCUUUUAUCACGACUUAUUUAUACUGUAUAUUUUAAUAAUAAUAAUAUAUACGCCAAACGCGGUACGAUUGGAGUGCAAACUGCGGACAUUAUGUCUUGGUCAGACGACCGUGCCGUGGACGCGGUCCAUUGGCAGAUCCUCAAAAACCAUCUGAAACCUAACGUCUGGCCUACGUCACGGGAGAUGUUGAAAUACAAGCAAGAACUCGAUACUUCCAGACACGCGGAUCUGAAUCAACUUGCCAGUUCGAUACAAGAAAUGAAAAAAAAACUAUCCUAUUUGAAAAAGACUGCGUUAGACGUGAAUAAAAUCAAAACCGUAGGGUUUGAACAUUUUCGAAAUGAUAUAAAGACAUUUGAGUCAAAGCUGUCAAAAUUAAAAGAAGGAUGCUCAAAAAAAGUACUAAGGAGAUUAAAAAUUUUAAGAUUACGAGAAGAGAGCGUUAAGCAAUACGCGCUGUUUGAAGAAAUUGAACGGGUAAAGCAAUUAGCACUUCAUGAUGUCGUUUCAAAGCCACACGCCGAUGCUAUUAGUAAAAAAAAGAAGGAAACAAAAACCAUAAAAAGAGUUCCAAUUUCAAAAAAUACAUACUCCUCAAAAGAAAUUGCAGAUUUCCAUGAUUUCUGUGCACGUAACUAUGGUCUUACCGGAGGUUGGUCUAGCAAAGAUCAUGAAACAUUUUUAAAGAUUCGUUCCAAAUAUGUCGACGCUGUGGAUUUCGUUGAUCAUAUUGUACAAUCAAUGCCACAUAUAACCGAGGAUGCUGCACGUGAACAUGAAAACUGGUUCAUAAAAUUUGAAGAACUUAAAAAUAAACAAAAAGAAGCAAUAACGAAGUGGAAAAAGGAAAAGAAAAAUGUUUUUGUGCCUGACUGCAAUCCAAAUAAUUGUGACAUGCUAAGAAAAUGUGCAGAUAACGAUCCAGAAAUAACGGGGAAAUUUUCCAGUGAUAAUUAUUUAGAAAAGCAAAUAAAUGUAAACCACGAUAUCAACAAAUCUCAAAUUGAAUUCAUUGAAUCGAAAAAACUCGAUAACUGUGGUACUACUUUGCUAAAGCGUUUCAGGGAAAAAGAUAAAAGAUAUAUAGACUCUAAAAAAACAAAUAAACAACGACUGGAGUGUCAACGUAAAUCGGAUCCAUUUACAAUAGUUACUUUGCAUGGGAAUUCAGAAAAAUAUGAUGAAAUUGAAUCACUAGAAAAACUUCCAAAUGUACACUUAAGCAUUUACGGUGCACAUAACCAAGAUGUGAAAGUGGUGUUGAAAUAUCAAUAGAAUAAAAAAUAUUGUGCCCGUACUUUUUUUGUUUAAUGUUAUACUAUUAUUAUCACAAUAUAUUGAAUAUACCAACUUUCAUAAUUGUAAACAAAAAAGUUCAUCAAAUACAAAUUACUAUUUCUUAUAAUAUUAUUAUGAAAAACAAUAAUCAAUAUAUUGAGAAUAAGCUGUUACCGCUUAACUACGGUUACCUAUUAGGAAACGAUGCGCCGAAAACCUGCAAUUCGUAUAUGAUGUAGUGACAUUUACAGUACAUCUUCAUAGACCGUAUUUCAUUCGAAUAAGCAAGACUCAAGUUUAUAAACGAUAAUAUCUUGAACGACCUCAUUCCCUUGUUUAAAGAUACAUGGUCAGGAUAUACAAAUUUAACAAUUAUAAUUUUCAAUUUACCCCAUUGUACAUAUUAUAUUAUAUUAAAAAAAAAUGUUGUAUAUUUUAUUUUUAAAUAUUUUAAAUUAUAGAUAUUAAAUGUUAAGAAGCUAAGUGAUAUGACCCCUGGGUUAAGGUGCUGAAGUCCCUAGGGGGUUUCGGAUGGCUAGAUGGGAUGUGGUUGGUGAGCGAAGUGAGCAGGGGCAGGAACACUCUAGUAUAUAUAUACAUAAAUAUAAAAAAAAAUAAUUUACUAUAUUUAGACGUCUUAUUAAAAUAUGAUAAAAGUAAUGGC